ACACACUCACUGCUCUCCCUCGUUGUGCAGUCCAUCUGCCUCUUGCUGCUGCUGUAUUGCCAAGAUGUCGCUUUCUAACAAGCUGACUUUGGACAAGCUGGACAUGAAGGGGAAGCAGGUCAUCAAGAGAAUGGACUUCAAUGUUUCUAUGAAGAACAAUCAGAUAACGAACAACCAGAGGAUCAAGGCUGCCAUCCCAAGCAUCAAAUACUGCUUGGACAAUGGAGCCAAGUCUGUUGUUCUCAUGAGCCACCUGGGCCGGCCUGAUGGCGUCCCCAUGCCUGACAAGUACUCCUUGGGGUCAUUUGCUGUAGAGCUGAAAUCUCUGCUGGUCAAGGAUGUCUUGUUCUUGAAGGACUGCGUGGGCCCGGAAGUGGAGAAAGCUUGUGCUGACCCAGCUGCCAAGUCUGUCAUCUUUCUGGAGAACCUUCGCUUUCAUGUGGAGGAGGAAGGGAAGGGAAAAGCCGCUUCUGGGAACAAGGUUAAAGCCUAUCCAGCUAAAAUAGAAGCUUUCCAAGCCUCCCUUUCCAAGCUAGGGGAUGUGUAUGUCAACAAUGCAUUUGGCACUGCUCACCAAGCCCACAGCUCCAUGGUGGGAGUCAAUCUGCCGCACAAAGCCGGAGGGUUUUUGAUGAAGAAGGAGCUGAACUACUUUGUGAAGGCCUUGGAAAGCCUUGAGCGACCCUUCCUGGCCAUCCUGGGCAGAGCUAAAGUUGCAGACAAGAUCCAGCUCAUCAAUAACAUGUUAGACAAAGUCAAUGAGACGAUUAUUGGUGGUGGAAUGGGUUUUACCUUCCUCAAGGUGCUCAAUAACAUGGAGACUGGCACUUCUCUGUUCGACGAAGAGGGAGCCAAGAUUGUCAAGGAUCUGAUGGCCAAAGCUGAGAAGAACAGUGUGAAGAUUACCCUGCCGGUUGACUUCGUCACUGCUGGCAAGUUUGAUGAGAAUGCCAAGACUGGCCAAGCCACUGUGGCCUCUGGUAUACCUGCUGGCUGGAUGGGCUUGGACUGUGGGCCUGAGAGCAGCAAGAAGUAUGCCGACGCUGUCGCAAGGGCCAAGCAGAUUGUGUGGAAUGGACCUGUGGGCAUAUUUGAAUGGGAAGUUUUCGCCCGAGGGACCAAGGCCCUCAUGAAGGAGGUGGUGAAAGCCACUUCCAGGGGCUGCAUCACCAUCAUAGGUGGUGGAGACACUGCCACUUGCUGUGCCAAAUGGAACACAGAGGACAAAGUCAGCCAUGUGAGCACCGGGGGUGGUGCCAGCUUGGAGCUCCUGGAAGGUAAAGUUCUUCCUGGGGUGGAUGCUCUCAGCAAUGUUUAGGAUUUUUCCCA